AUGGACGGCGUGCUUCCACCAGCGCUUGGCGCCAAAUUCAUUGUAGAAAAUGGCAGCCUUAUUAAGAUCAACACCGAAGGAAUAAAAAAUGUUGCAAAACUGAUUUAUGAAGCAGAUUUACAAAAUACUAUCGAAGAGGUGGAAUUUGCAGCUCAUUGUUUGCACCCCAAAGACGGGGGCUUGAAAGCUGUUGACUGGGUUUUCCUCAGUGAUUCGAUUAACUUCUCUUUCUGGCCAGAUGAGGGUAAAAAGUACGAUGUUACUUACAAUGGAAAAUCCUAUACGGGUUACUUUGCAUCAUGUGCGGCCAUAAAUAAGGCUCUUGAUGCUGGGAUCCCUGUGACAUCGGCUGAAUGGAUGGCCAAGGCUACCAAAGAAGAAAUCCAAAAAAUUUUCAAAGCUGACUCGGGACAUGAUAUUCCACUUCUGAACGAGCGCGUUGGAGCAAUAAAUGAUUCUGGACUAGUGCUAUUAGAGAAAUGGCAAGGAUCGUUCUACAACUGUGUGAAAGCUGCAGGAGGCAGUGCUCAAUCUCUUCUGCGGAUCAUUGUCGAAAACUUCAAAUCUUUCCGAGAUAUCGCUGAGUACAACGGUCAAAAAGUUGCCAUUCUGAAACGUGCACAGAUUUUGAUCGCUGAUGUUGCCGGAGCUCUUAAAGGUGUAGAUACUAUCGGAGAGUUUCCAGAUUUGGGAACCUUGACAAUGUUCGCAGAUUAUCGUGUUCCUCAAGCUUUGGCUUUUCUUGGAGCAUUAGAGUAUAGCCAGAAAUUGCUGGACCGUUUAGGUGAAGGCAAACGUCUUGAUAAUGGAAGUGCUGAGGAAGUAGAGCUCCGUGGUUUUUCUAUAUGGGCUUGCGAGUUGAUUGUGGAAGAAAUUAGAAGACUAAAACAAAGUGGAACCGAUAAUGGUAAAGAAGUGAAUGCUGCAUUGGUUGAUAUGUUCGUGUGGGUUUAUCGCAGACAACAUGCAAAGGAGGUAGAGGAUAAGGUUCCUUUCCACCGUACACGAUGUAUUUUCUAUUGA